AUGCCCGACACCGUCAGCUUCGAGAGCCCGAACAAGAACAAGGGCGAGUGGUCAGCCACCGACGAGUUGGAGGAACUGUACGAGCACGACGUUCCUUAUGUCAAUCGCGUCUGCAUCGACAAUAAGAUCAACGUCGGCAAGUGGUAUGAGGUCUUGCGAAAUCCCAUGGCGACUACCGUGGAGGACCUCUCUGAGCAGUUUGGUUGUAGAGGGGUGGAGGGUAUCGUGUACGUGUAG